CAAAACGUCAUAAUUUUGCAAAACGUCGAUUUUUCAGUCAAUCAAUUCUUUAAAAAAUUUAAUCUGCAGUUUUUCGGCUGCAAGGAUUUUCGAUUAUUAGGAAUUUGGUGCAGUAGAAAGUGUAAGAUGGAUACUUCUGCAAUGUCACUAAAUUCCACGGAAGAUAUUCCCCUAGCGGAUGAUGAUCUGGAAGUAAUCAUCAACGACGACGAAAGCUCAAAGUACAUGCAAAACGGACGCUCAUUGGAUUCGAUUGCUAGUUCUUACACUAAUGGGAAUACAAGCCCCCGUCAUUUUUUGGAAGCCGAAUGUCCGGAUGCGGACGAACAAGAGGAAAGGGCACGACUCAUAACGCAGGUACUGGAGCUGCAAAACACACUGGAUGAUCUGUCGCAACGCGUAGACAGCGUGAAGGAGGAGAAUCUUAAACUGCGCUCUGAAAAUCAGGUUCUUGGUCAAUACAUUGAGAACCUGAUGUCCGCUUCGUCGGUGUUCCAAUCGACCAACCAAGGCCAAUCUUCUUCUGCACCGAAGAAAAAGUAAACCGGCCUUCAGUUGGUGAAUUUUGGAAUAUAAUUUCCGUAGACCAAAGAGAAUCAUUCGUUUGACACGCAGAUUUGUCUUCACGCUGGUGCUAGAUAUAAAAAUUAUGAACAAAAUAGUUAAACGCUUUCACGUUCAACGGAGUAGUUGAAAUCGCUUAUAUUGCCGGACACUUCGUCCAACUAAAUGUGCAAAAGAUAUGUUAUAUCUAUUUCUACCUUAAACACAGAAUCAAAGUAACUAUACUAGAAAAUAACAGUCACACGUAUAAAGUAACAAACUAUAAAAAUGACACACAGUUCAAGCGAUUUAGUUAUCAAAUAUUACUACUUAUAAGUUUUGUAUGAUACAUGACAAAUAGCCAUUACUUUUCUGGUCGUUUAGGCAUUAAUUUUAAUCCUGUGUUCGAACAUUUGCUCCUCGUAUACAAUGACUCUCUAUAAGUAACAUAAUGUAUUAAUAGGUUUAAUGAUUUCUUGGAAAUUAUCGCGCAUUUGUUCGUUCAAACUCAAUUUUAAUUCUAUUUUUAGUUGUUUAAGUUUUAUGCAAUAUUGUGAUCAGACCACAAAAACUUAUUUUGAUUCAUAGAUGUAA